AAAAUCAAAUUAAAUUUCACAAUAAUACGAUUUGGGAAAAAUAAAAAUAUUUAAAAGACCAAUUUCCUCAAAAUGAAUAUGCACGUUAAUUAGUUGUAUGAACAGAAGAAAAAAAAAUGAAUUUUAGGAAAGAUUCCAUAUUACUAAUGGUACGGUUAGUCACUUAACCAUGGUUGGAAAGAAGACUAUGGUUGGAAACAAGGGAAAGUUCUCAUUUCUCACCAUUUGUAAUUUGCUUAACUUUCCUCUCUCUCUCUCUCUCUCUCUCUCUCUAAAAAAAUACACACACAUCCUCAAAGAAAACAAUGGCAGUAGAAGCUGUGCUAGGAGCUGCCGUUCAAGUUUUACUUCAAAAUCUGGUCUUAGUUUCGGAGAAGCAAAUCAUAAGUCCCAUUCGAAAUUUCAAGAAAGAUUUGAGAAAGCUAAACGAUUAUGUCUUAAUGAUUAAGGAUUUCCUAGACGAUGCUGACAAGCAGCAUAUCACCAGAGAAGCCGUCAAACGCUGGUUGAAGAAGCUUGAAGUUGUGGCUUUCGAUGCAGAUAAUGUUUUGGAUGAGAUCAACUAUCAACUUCUCUCCAACCAAAUUCAGACAGAAAAUAAAACGAAGACAAAGGUACGCGGCUUCAUCCUACGUCGUAUUUGCCGAAUAAAAAUGGCACGUAAAAUCAAGGAUAUCAAUCAAAACUUGGAAGAGAUCAACCUCGAGGCAAACAAAUAUGGCCUUGAAAAGACAGUGGUAGGUGAGUAUGCUCCGAUUACUCACCUAGAAACUGAUGCAUUCAAUAUCGAUCCGAUUUUUCUUGGAAGAGAAGGUGACGUGUCUGAAAUAGUGAAGACGAUGACUACUCUUCCAAAUGAUCAAGUACUCUCUAUCCUCCCCAUUUUCGGGAUGGGAGGGCUCGGAAAAACAACGGUAGCUCGGAACGUGCUUGAUCAUGAAGCCAUAAAGGCUCAUUUUUCUAAGCGUUUUUGGGUGCAUGUCUCUCAAAACUUCGAUGCCAAGAUUCUUUUCAAUAAGAUUCUUACAUCGUUAACCGGAACAAACGCCGGACUUGGAGAUAAACAGGGAGUUCUGGAAGAGCUUCAAAAGGAGUUAGAAGCUCAAAGAUUUCUACUUGUUCUCGACGAUGUCUGGAAUGGAAAUCAUGAAAUAUGGGGUGAUUUUAUCAAUUCGUUGAGAAAAAUUACUUCUGGUACGGGAAAUGGCAUCAUUGUUACUACGCGAAGUGAAAAUGUUGUUUCACUGGUGAAAACACUCCCUACUAUGCACAAGCUAAAUAACUUGUCAGAAGAUGAGUGUUGGUCCAUAAUCAAAACAAAAUCCGUUGGAGAAGGUGAUAUUCCAUCAGAAUUUCAGAGAAUUGGCGUAUCUAUUGCAAAAAGAUGCCAAGGUUUGCCAUUGGCGGCCAAAGUGGUUGGGGGAUUGUUGCGCGGUAAGUCGAUUGAUGAGUGGUUGUCGAUUGAUGAGAAAUGGCUCUCAGAUUUAAAAGAUGAAAAUCCAGUCUCCAAGAUUUUGAAACUGAGUUUUGAUCAUUUGUCGCCACCAUCACUCAAAAAGUGCUUUGCAUAUUGUUCGAUAUUUCCUAAAGGAUAUGACUUGGAAAGGGAACGCUUGGUUGAGCUUUGGAUGGCAGAAGGAUUCCUUGGAGGAAAUGAUGAUAUGGAAAUUGUUGGCAACAAAUUCUUUAAUCAACUUCUAGAGAACUCCUUGUUGUUACAAGUUGUGGGGAGAAAAUACUAUUAUGGCGGUGCCGAUAUAACAUAUUAUAACAUGCACGAUCUUGUGCAUGAUCUUGCAUCUUCUAUUUUAAAUUCAAGCGACCAAGUUCGGUACAUGAGCCUGCAGUCCAGUAGUGGUGAAUCGUGUACUAGCCUAACUGAACAAGCAAGUUGUAUUCGUUCGUUAUUGUUCAAUGAUAAAAUAUGCAUGCUCGUGUUCUCGAAGUUCACAUCGUUGCAUGUUUUAAUUCUGAUGGACUAUUGUGUUAAAGAGUUGCCAACUUCAAUCAAAGAGCUAAUGCAUUUGAGAUGUCUUGACAUUUUAGGUUCAAGGAUUAAAUGUUUGCCAGACUCUGUUGGUGAACUAUAUCACUUGCAGACAUUACGAUCAUGUCAUACCUUGAAGAAACUGCCAAACACAUUGAAGAACUUGAUUGGCUUAAGACAUCUCCACAUUCCUCGAAUUGAAUUACCUCCAGGGAUGCGAAGAUUAACUUCUCUUCGAACACUGCCGUACUUUGGAGUGGGUGAUGAAAAGGGUCGUGGAAUUAGUGAGCUCGAAUGCUUGAAGAACCUCGAAGGAAAGCUGGAGAUCUAUAAUCUUGAGAAGGUGCAUGACAAAGAAGAGGCUAAGAGAGCAGAUUUAUUACGAAAGCCAAACAUAGUCAAGUUAAAGCUUACAUGGGAUGAAGAUAGAGAAGGUGGAAAUGGCGAUGAGAGUGUGUUGGAAGGCCUCCAACCCCACCCAAAUUUAGAGAGCUUAAAUAUUUGUGGAUUUGGAGGAAAAAGCUUGCCAGCAUGGUGUUCAAAUAUGUCGGGGCUUUAUAAAUUGAUGAAGAUAAGACUUGAAAGAUGCAAAGAAUGUGAACAAGUCCCAAUGCUAGGGCACUUGCCACAUUUGAAGAAUCUUUAUCUGGAUGGUCUGGUGAAUGUGAGAUCCAUAGGUUCCUCAUUUUACGGAGUUGAUGACAAAUGUGUUUCCUUUCCGGCACUUGAAAGGCUGGAGUUGAGGGGAAUGUCAGAGCUGACGAAGUGGUUAGAAGCUGAAUUGCCAAGUGCAACACCUGAAAAUGAUCAACUACUUGUUGUAUUUCCUCGCCUCGAGUACUUGCGGAUUAAAGAUUGCAGGCAAUUGAAGAGUGCUCCGAGUCACUUUCCAUGCCUUAAAGAAUUGGAGAUUGGUGAGGUGGAUAGCGAAUUACCUUUGGCAAGUAUAUGUGAGAUCAACUUAAUCUCUCUUACAAAGCUCCAAAUUGAGUCAAUUGAUGGAUUGACGUGUCUCCCACAUUGGCUUUUCCUUAAAAAUCAAAAUCUCUCAAACUUGGAGAUAAGUGGUUGUCGCAACUUAACGCAUCUAGUUCCGUGCUUGGAAGGUGGAGGAACUUCUCUUAGGAAGUUGGAGAUACGGAAUUGUCCGGAAUUGAGAGAUUUACCAGAUGAUCUACACACCCUCAGUGCUCUCGAGAAUUUGGCGAUUUACAGAUGCUCAAAACUGAAGACAAUACCAUAUCCACAUGAAACACAUAAUGAUGAUGAUGAUGAUGAUGAUCAAUUAUUAUUAGGCUUGAGUAGCCUUCGUUAUUUGAGUAUUACUACGUGCGGAGGCCUGACCAAUUUGUCGAGUGAAAUGAUAGAGUCAUGUGCGCAGUCCCUGGAGAGUUUGAGACUGAGUGGAUUAAUGAAUUUAAGGAUGAACAUGGAAACGAUAAUUGGGUAUUGUAUGCAAAAAAUGCCUUGUCUCUCUGAGUUGAUAAUUUUUGAUGUUCCAACCACUAAGAAUUCCUGGGAGAUUGUUGGUUCUUUUUCUCCUGGCAACUUGAGAGAUUUAUCAAUCAGUUGUGAUGAGUACUCAGUUUCAGUUGUUGAUGCCAUCUUGAAAGCAACAACCAAAUCUCUUCAUGUAUUAACAUUGCACGGGACAAAGCAUAGUCGUGAACUACCGGGUCAGCUUCAACAUCUCACUGCUCUUUCUGAGUUAUACUUGUAUGAUUUUGUAGAGAUGGAAGAAUUGCCUGAUUGGGUAAUUGGGAAUAACAACAACAACGUAUUCUCAUCUCCGAAACUAUUAUCUCUAUCCGGCUGCAACAAGUUGCGAUGUCUGCCGUCUAAGGAAGCCAUGCUACGUCUCACCAAGUUAUACAUCUUGGAUUGUCCGAUGUUACAUAUAAAAGGUCGAGAUGGCGAUGAUGGUUCUGAGUGGCCCAAGAUAUCCCAUAUCCCCUUUGUCUAUGUGGAUUGGGUUCAAAUUCCAACUCAUGCUCAGUAAAUAUUUAAUUCGACACCUCUCCAGCAAAGUUUACUUUAGGAUUUGGUGCCAAACCAAGAUAAGAAGGGAGAGAGCGCAAUUUUUUGUAAAGGAGAGAGAGAUCACAUUAAAAUGUGAGUAUACUUAUUUCUUCUUCUUCUUUCUUGGAUUUACCACAUUUUAUUUGGUUUACAUAUUCAUUCUUCCUCUUUUUUACUAUUUUCUUUAAAAAUGUGGUCAUUUUGUAAUUUCUCAUUUUUUGAUGAGUUAUUAACCGAAAUUGAGCAUUUUUUUUUGCA